GAUGUUUGGCAUUGGGGAUGGUAACAGGGCAUUGAACAGGAAAAAGUGGGCAAGGCAGAAAAAUCGGCGGGGGGCGAAGCGAGCGAAUGCAUCAGUAACAAGUGUUGGGGCAAGGAGAGAUGGGGUUGAAACUGGUCAGUAAGUGACAUGUUUCACUUGGGCCUCUGGUCACGUUUAGGUUACAGCCUCCUUCACAUAUCUUCCAUACCUCCUUGUGUUUCCAGCUGCCGGCAGCUUCUGUGGGGAGAGAGAGAGAGAGAGAGAGAGAAGGAAAGUGAAAGAAAUAAUUUCUGUUUUGUAUGACCAAACCUGACCUGACCAAAUGAGCAACUUGGCAUUUUGGGCACUAGUUUAUUGCUUUAGCAUCAUCUUUGGAGUGCCUGCCAUCAGCUGUGACGAAGACGCAGAUAUCCAUUCAGAUGAUUGGAAAAGGCCCAAUGUUGCAGCUGUUCCUCCGAGGGAUCAAUCCACAGUUAUCGUGGGAAAGGAUACCAGCAAAAGACAAGCAUCUGGGAAGAAUGAAAAUCAUUUGGAACUUGGAUUCAUUGCUUGUGCUGUUGCAGUUGUGUUCUUUGGAAGUAAUUUUGUUCCUGUGAAGAAAUUUGAUACCGGUGAUGGGAUGUUUUUCCAGUGGAUCCUUUGUGCAGCAAUAUGGAUUGUAUCUCUGGCUGUGAAUUUAAUAUUGAAAUGCCCAGAGUUUUGGCCCCUUGCUAUGUUGGGUGGCUUUUUAUGGGCUACUGGAAAUAUUACUGUUGUUCCAAUUCUGAAAACCAUUGGCUUAGGCCUUGGUGUUUUAAUCUGGGCUGCAUUUAAUCUCCUGAUGGGAUGGGCAAGUUCUAGAUUUGGUUGGUUUGGCAUUGACCCUGAAGAAGUGGCAAAACCUUGGUUAAACUACCUUGGAGCGGCUCUGUCCUUCAUGAGUGCUAUCAUAUUCUUCUUUGUCAAGAGUGAUGUAAAUACGAGAAACCAUUCUGAAUCAACACUUCCGCUACUAAUUGACAGUAAUAUAAAUACUAGUGAAGAAACGAUCUUGUCAGAUGAAUCCUGGGUAGACAAACUUAGUCCCCUAAAGAAAAGACUUGUAGGCUCAUUCCUUGCAGUGACUGCAGGGUUAUUGUAUGGUUCUAGCUUUGUGCCAGUGAUUUAUAUCAAGAACCAAGCUCUGAAGAAUGAAACAGAAUAUAAAAAUGCAAGCCAGUUUGAUCUAGACUAUGUUUUUGCACACUUCAGUGGCAUUUUUCUCACAAGUACAGUCUACUUUGUGAUCUAUUGUGCAAUAAUGAAGAAUAAGCCAAAACUUUAUCCAAAAGCAGUACUGCCAGGCUUUGUUUCAGGUGUGAUGUGGGCUGUUGCAAACUGCUGCUGGUUCCUGGCCAAUGACUUCCUCAGUGCAGUUGUUAGUUUUCCAAUAAUCACCGCUGUACCUGGUUUCAUUGCUGCUUUAUGGGGGGUGCUUGUCUUCAGAGAAAUAAAAGGACUGCGGAACUAUGUUAUUCUUAGCAUAGCAUUCUGCACUGUAUCAGCCGGAGCAUUAACAACUGCGUUUUCCAAGGUUUAACUAAUUGUAGUUGCAGAGAAUGAACCAGAAGAUGGCAUCAUUUUGAAACUGGUUGCUUUUAGUGGUUUUAAGUGUUGGAACGGUUGAGAUCAAAGUUCUGUUUUUGGUGUUACCACAGUCUCAGCCACUGUGCAGUGCCUUUCAACAGCUGUUGGUACAGCUUCCUGGAGAAGUAAGCCACGAAGUUGCAAAAUUUUUGAUUUAAAUCCUUUUUAUGACUCUAAUUGUUUUUUAAUUUUGAAAUGUUUACUGACCUUAGUACUGUUGUUCUCAUUCAGAAAUACAUUAGUAUUGCCUGAGGUGCUUUUCUUGGUAUCAGAGUUACUACAAAUAAGAAUUUCUAAUUAAUAAAACAUUGUAGUGUAGCUUAUUAACUAUUUCAUUCACUAACAAACCAAACAAGGACACCAUGAAGUGAUUAAUACUUGUUAAAAAUUAACAAUUGAUUCUUCCUUUAUUCUUUGGCAGAAUUAUGAUUUCUGAGCUUGAAGUUGUAGAUUCAAGUCCCAUUUGAGCACGUAAAAUUGGAAUGGCACUCUAGUGCAGUGUUGAAAGUGUACAGGCACUGCCAGGAAUUACUCCUCUCUACUGACGAACAUGUAGUGAUCAAUAAGACCGCUGUAAUACAUUAUUUAUUAUUAUUGCAUUGUGUGCAACAUGUGAACAUAUGAACAUGCAGGUGAAGUCUCCAUGAUUUUCAGACUAUAAGUAAAUGCAAGUUCAUUCUUUUAAUUAGCACAAAACAAAAUACAAAAUUUCACUAUCUAUAGGUGUGAGACUGGAAAAGCACAGCAGGUCAGACAGCGUCUGAGGAGCAAGUAAGUCAACGUUUCAGGCCAAUACCCUUCUUCAGAACUUUAAAUUUCACUGUCUUUUGCCAAAAUUGGACAGUAAGCUAACUAUACCAUGAGCUCAACCACUCAUUGAACACCAAAUAUGACCGCACUGUAUUGAACACUGUUGAUCCCUUUUUGCCACUAUCUUCAUUGGAACUGGACAUUUUUUAAACUCAGACUUGUAGUUCGCCCUGAGCUGAACACCUCUACUACCUCUACUUCAGGGAUAAAAUAGUAUUUCCCUUGCUUCUGUUACUGAAGCCCUUACUUAUUUACUUCUCACCCCCAAAGUCAACUACAGGAUGUUCUCACCUGGUUGAGAUCCCAUGCCCUUAGUUAAAAUACUGCAUCACUUGUAUUUGAAAUGCUAAAUUCCUACAUUGGAAAAUGAAAUAGCAAUUAAAAUAAAACUUUAAUUAUGAAAGACAACAUUAACCUCCUACUUACAGUGCAUCUUGUUGUCCCUCCAAAAGUGGAGCCUGGGUCUACAAUGGAGUCCUUUGUUCAUAGUCAGCUACAGGCUCUGUGGAACCAUCGCUUGAAUCAUAGUCAUAGGGAUCUGCAGCACUGAAAAAAGCCCUUCAUUCCAUCAUUUCUGCGCCAGUCAAAAACAGCCAUCUAACUAUUUUCAAUCACUUGGCCCAUGGCUUAGUAUGCCUUGGCAUCACACAAGCACACUUAAGUGUGAUAAGGGGUUCCGCCUCUACCACUGUGACAGGCAGUGAGUUCUAGAUUCCUACCACCCUCAGGGUGAAAAUGUUUUUCCUCAUAUCUUCUCUUAAAUCUGCCCCUCACCUUAAAUCUAUAUGCCUGACUCCUCCAUUAAGCAGGAAAGUUCCUUUCUGUCCAUCCUAACCACGCUCCUUGGAUUUCUAUACAUCGCAGUCAUGUCCCCUCUCAACUUACUCUGCUCUGGAAAAAAAAACCCAGUUUGUGCAGUUUCUUUCCAUAACUGAAACCAUCCGGCCCAUGCAACAUCUGGGUAAAUGUGCUGUCCACUCUAUCAGAUCCCUCUUAUUAUGUGGAUUUCAGAUCUGCAUAUAAUACUUCAGCAAGGGCCUAACCAACAUUUUAUACAGGUCCAGCAUAAUCUUAAACUCUGUACCUCACCUAAUAAAGGCUAAGCCCUCAGUGGUCCCCAGAGUCCUACAGUUAAUCAUGAAUUCCCUAGCCUUGUUUGUCCUGACCAUGUCUGGUGGCUUUUUGGGGUUGCAACAUCCCCUCUAUCUGGCUGUCACAGUCUCCGGGUUCCAUUCGGGCAUCUCCUUGGUGAAGGUGAUCAUCUUGGCUACCUGUGGGUCUUUCCUCUUGUGACUCGGGACCUGAUGGAUGGUGGCUCUCUGAUGUAGACUUUAAUAGUACAGCAUAGGAUGAUGUGAGAUAAUAGAGCACUGGAUGCUUCAGGUUAAAGUGUGGGAGCAGUUGUACCAAAAUGGUAGCAAUCAGGUCAGUGACUAUAGUAAACAACAUUAGUACAAACCUUGUGAAGGUGAAUGAGAUUUCAAGCCUCAGUAACUUUCUAAUGUGAAAGCAAUUCAGCACUAAACAGAGAAAUAUUAAACAAGAGCUUCCUGUACUCCAUACUGUCUUGCCAAGCCUCCAGGUUCCAUGAAUUUCAACUGAUGCAAAAUUUCACUACCUGUAACUAAUUUCUGUAUCACGCCCUUCUCAUAAAUCACUUGGUUCCUCAUUAACCUACAUUGAUUCCUAAUUCACCAUGAUUCAAAUUCAAAUACUAUAGUCACUGACCUGAUUCUUUAUGCUUCAUUAUUAGCAUCUAUUGAUUUUUGUUCCUUAUAUCCUCCAUAAUCUCUGCUUAUUUCACUGAGCAUCAAUUCUUGUGUGAUUAUAUUUCUGUGUAGUGCCUUUUCAAUUUAUAAUGUAUAAAAUGUUAUAAUUAAUGUGAUAAUCAUUCUAAUUGAUUAAAUGCGGGACAAAUUUAGGGUGGUUUUGUAGUGAGUAAUCUCUAAAGAUUAUUUAAAAUUGUUUUUAGAAUAAUCUGAUUAUUUUCUGUUUCAAAAUAUCAUUUCUCUUCCUGUUGGCUUAAGCAGGCAUACAUUGUAUAAAUAGGAAGUGCAGACCAAUUGCAAAUAGUGAGAUAUAUUUACUCUUGGGAGGAACAUUCACAGCCUCCCUCUGGAUUUUAACGCACACAAUUGAACUAUCUGCUUGUAACAUUUUCUCAUUCAACAAAGCCCCAAUUUAAAAUAGGGUGACCUUGAGCUUCAUUCCCUACCAAUCCAAAUCAAAAAUUCAUGUAUUGCCCAGGGAUUAGUAAUUAUUCAUUUCGCUGGUUAUAAAAUGGUAGGCAACAUCCAUGUUUCUGAUGUGUGCAACUGACAGUAUGGCUGAAUAUGUUUUGUGUUUUGCUGUAUGUAAUGCUUAAAAGCAAACUUUCUUCUAAUUCAGUUUACUGUCUAUUUCAGCUACAAUGAAGAGUCAUCUAGACUCAAAACAUUAGCUUGUUGUGUCUCCACGGAUGCUGUCUGACUUGCUGUUUUCUCCAGCAAUUGUAUUCAUUUCAUCAAAAUUAGCACUUGGAUUGAGCAUGGAUUUGAAAAUUUCACAACUUACGAAUCAAUUUAUGACAGCACAGAUAUAAAUAUUGAGACAUCUCAUUGAAUGGGUUAUGUUGACCUGAACCAGGUGGAAGCGCACAGGGAUAGGAGAGACAAAUGUCUGCAAUUAUAAAGUGAGAUUAAGUCUUUCAUUACAAGUCUAGAUUCUGUAAUGUAAAUUGGCCAGAUAGAGAUUAUGACUGUGAUCUGCUAUGGUGAAUUAUAGACACUAAAUUUGUGAAGUAAAGAUUAAAAAAUUAAAAUAACGCUUAAGAAGUGCACAGCAUGACAAGCAAUAGAAGAGAUUAAUUCUUCCAGAGUUCAAUUAAAUGUUUUCUACACUCCAGUUUUGCAGUUUUGUCUUUUUAUUGCCAACAGAAAGUGAAAUGAUAAUGUUCAUAUAAUUCAAAGUGUUCACAGAAAACAAAAUGUCUCCGCAGAAUGCUGAAAUGAUGCAGUUUGCAUUCCUUUUCUAAUUAAAAACUUAAUUGU